AUGAAGUCGUCAAAUCUCACCCGCGGCGUGUUUCGCUCCAUUCUUGCAAAUCGGCCAUAUGCGGUUCGAGGCUGUCAAAGGACGCUUGGGACGAAGGCGAAACCGCUGUCCAACCACCCACGCACUACCUAUGCCCUCCACCAGAAGCGCCACCUUUUUGGUAUCAAUUUCGGGACCACUCGGAAGGGCUUCGAGGGCGCGAGGAGCACAGCCGCCAACGUUGAAUUGGCUUUGGGCAAGCUGGUCGAUGUCGUCCGAGCGAGAAGAAGCCAGUCUAGAUUACCCCCCGAGAAUGAAGUGGUCGAUGCUUUCAGAUUCCUAUUCGCUUCAAUGAUCGAGUCCCCCCGGCGAUUAACGAGGAACGAGGUCUUUUUAGCCACAGAGGCAUUCAUGCACUUGCAAGAGCGUGGACAUAUCCUAGGCUCCGACUCGAAAACGAGUCUGUCAGAAGAAGACCUUCAUAAUGUCCUGCUCGCUCUGGCCUCCUCCACCGGCCACGACAGAUUCCGCACCGAUGCGCGGAUACUGGCCACACAGGUUUUCGACGCACUCAGGGAUGGCUCAGUUACUGCCCGGGAUAUCGACCAUCCUGUCGAUCAUGGCCGCCACCAGGCUCAGGGCUCUCUCUUGGUGACCUAUAUUUCUGUCCUAUCCAAGACCGGAUCUGCUCAGGAGGCCCUAGAACUCCUGCGCAAGUCACCCAGCAGUUCGGAAAGGGCUAGCCUUCCGAUGUGGACGGCUGUGCUGAGGGGCCUAGCCAAUGAAGGCCGCAACAAGGAGUUCUGGGAAGUGGUGCGGGAAGUGCAAGACACCGUCGGACCACUUGAUGCCGUGUCUCAGGAAACGCUCGCCAGUCACUUCUCCCAACAUGACGAGAUUAGCGCGCUCAAAAGGGUAUUUGCCUUGUCGCUGGAAAACGGCCAAGUGCCAACCACGCCGACCCUCAUCAGAGUGGUGGACUGUGCUAUGCGAAACGGAGAAGAGGAGUGGGCCGGAAAGGCAGUCAAUCUAUUGCAGCAAAGAACCGAUUCCGGGGACAUGGCGGGGACUUUGGCCGUCUGGCAUGCCACGCAUGAACCCAGUGUGAAACACAUGCGACAAAUCAUCCAGCAGCUAUCAGACCGAGGAGUUACAGACGCAGUAUCCAUGAAAACCAUGAACCGACUCAUCGAGUACGCAUACUCACAACACAGCGCCGAGACCGCCUCACAAUACAUGGACCUCGCUCAAGCCCUGGGCCUCCAUCCCGACGGCCGAACGCGAGCCCUACAGCUCGAGUAUGAUUUAAAACAGGGCAACCGAACCGCAGCAGCCCAAUCCUUCGAGCUUCUCUCCCGGGAAGACGUCCCUGUCGACCGAUCCGACGUGCCGGUCCUCAACCACUACAUCUCGUCACUGUCCUUUUCCGCCGACCCAGAAUACAUGCACCUUAUGAAUGUCGUCGACCACGUCCUCUCCACCGGUGCAGACCUCGAAGCCGAAGCCAUCGCUGGCCUGUGCCACGUGUUCCUGCAAAAGGACGAACUCGAAGAAGCCACCGGCCUGCUUCGCCACCGUGUUGACUCCUACCCGAGAGACGACCGCGCCCGGAUCAGCGCCGUCUUCCAGCAAUUCAUAACUGACCUCUCCAUCAAAGACCAGCGCGCCUACAAUGCCUAUGAACUCUUCCGCCACGCCUUUCCUGAAACCCCCGUCACGGAGCGUGUUGCCAUAAUGCAAUCCUUCUUCGCGCGCAAGCGGCCAGACCUCGCAUGUCUGGUCUUCGGACACAUGCGGCAGCGAGAAGAUCUUGCCGCCCGGCCCACCCCGGCCGCUUACGCCAAAUGCUUCGAAGGCAUCGCUUCAUGCAAAGAUAUCGACGGCCUCCAGAUGGUCUACAACAUGCUGAAACUCGACCUAGAAGUAGAACAGACCACGCGGAUCCACAACGGCCUCAUGGCCGCUUACACAGAGUGCCAGCAGCCCUUUGUCGCCAUCAUCGACCACUUCUGGAAGAUCAUGGAGUCGCGGGAGGGUCCCACGCUGAGUUCGUUCAUCCUCGCGCUCCGGGCGUGCGAGAAAUGGAUCCCCCAGGGCGGCCACGAGGCCCGCCAAAUCAUGGCCCUCAUGCAGAGCUUCAACCUGGUCAUCACGAAGGAGGUCUACGACGCGUACGUCGGUGCGCUCGCCGGACAGAGCGAGUUUGAAAAUACAGUGGAGCUCAUCGAGGAGAUGGAGCACGAUAUAGGCGAGGCGCCCGACGCGCUCACCAUCGGCACCUUCUACAACGCCAUCCCCUGGCAGUACCGCAAGGACGAGGUGGAGAGGUGGGCCCGCAAGGCGUAUCCGGAGCUGUGGGCCGAGUUGGAAACCUACGGGGAUGUCAUCGAUGAUGAGUGGGAGAUCCGGUACUUCAAGAUCGACAGGUCCGUCGAUAUGGAUGACGAGUUGCUCUUCGCCGAGGGCGAGUACCGCCCUGUCAUUACCCGGGGGGGGGAACAGAUGUUGGAAACGCCCGCGGGGACGGCGUAG